AUGUCCCCGGUCAGCAGGGCGAAGUUUUCGAGACAAAACCUUUCGAUGACAGGCUGGAAACCCAGCAAGGCGGCAAAGAGGGUUGCGACUUGCGAGCAAGGAGACGGAGGCGACAAAGAUGAAAGCGCGCCCUCCGUGUCUCCUUGGAGGAGCUUCUUUCUAAAACAACGGCGCGAUCGCGCCUACCCGCGCUGUCUAUUUUCUCCGCACCUGCAUCUGCUCUUACCGGCGGCGCCAAUCAAUGACAUCAAUUACCGCUGCGCGGCCGUCGUAUCAAUAUCUUUCCUCGGCGUAAUCGACUUUGUCCGCCUAACCCCGCUCUCAUUGACCGGGGCAUCGCGCUUCCAAUUCUGCUCCUCGUCUCCCUCCUUAAGCGGCGGCAGCGGUCAUUCAACGACAACUUCCAUUGUCGUCAUUCCUCCAACAGCAAUUUCCAGCAACCUACAUCAACUCCCACAAAAUUACCGGAUCCGCCAUAGCGCAAUCCGCCUCACUUCCAUUGCACUUCCGAUUGAGCGGCGGCGUCCGCCACAAUGUUAA